AUGAUCUUGCCCAGCAUUUUUGUGUGUUUCUGUCUGGCAUCGGCAGUCAACUAUUUUCGUACCCGUCGACAGCGUAAAUUCAUUACAAAUCUCAAGGGACCCUUCAGCUUUCCCCUGACGGGUGCCUUGCUCAAGAUUGUCCUACUCACACCGAAAAAUUUUUUCAAGCGUAGCGCUGAUUAUCUUGGUAAAUAUGGUGCACUGACGCGUUGCUGGAUCUUUGAUCGACUUUUCAUACCCGUCGCUGACUUGGAACUGGCAAAACAGCUGCUGCACAGUGAGUCGCAUCUGGAAACGGGACAGAAACUGAUGAGUGACUGGCUGGGUGACAGUGUGCUCAUGUGCCAGCAAGAGCACUGGUCACAGCGUCACCAGCAAAUAGCAGCACUCUUUAAACCGGAAAAUAUGUUGCAGUUGACAAAACUGUGCCAGCAACAGGCCAAUCAACUCUGUCCACAACUCGUGCAGCAAGCAGAGACACGCGAGAUAUUCGAUGUGUGGCAAAUAGUGUCCGGCAAUGUGCUGGACUUGAUGUUAGCAACCACUUGUGGAGUGCAGCCCAGUGUCGAAUAUAAAAAGGCAUUUACUGAACUUACUGAGCUUUAUAGAAAUCGUUUUCUGAGCAUUAAGUCGGCAAAUCGCUUUACUUACUGGCUGGCAUCUCCACUGAAGCGUCGUCGUCAAAGGCGACUCAUUAAAGUGAUCAACGCUGAGAAUAAACAGAUCGUCGAACAGUGUCGUCAACAACAGCAGACCAAAAUGCCGAUGAAGAGUGAAGUUUUCAUAAUAGAUGAAUUUGUGUCGACAACACCAAGCCGAGAACACCAAUCGCUGCUGGAUGUGCUCCUGGAAUAUGAGAAACUCACCGAUGAGCAGCUGUGUUCCGAGUUGAAUACCUGCAACUAUUUGGGGUAUACGUUGUGCAGCACAACGCUCUGCUUUGCCUUGAUCCUCAUAGCUCGUCAUCCGGCUGUGCAGCAGCGUUGCCUGGAGGAGCUGCGUGCAUCUCGCAGCGCUGAAGAUGGGAAUCUUCCAAGUCUGCCUUACCUGGAUGCGGUUCUCAAGGAGGUUUUGCGAUUGCAUCCGCCACAGUUAAUUGUGGGUCGUCAACUAAGCCAGGACUUUACAUACACUCACUCUUUGGUUGGAGAUGGUAUUUUGCCUACUGGCGCCGAGAUUUAUAUUAAUCUCUACGAGCUGCAACGCUGUGAACAGCAGUACGGCAAAAAUGCCCAACAUUUUCAGCCAGAACGCUUUAUGGACCAUCCACCAGAGCUGCUCAGCUUUAGUCUGGGUCCUCGCAGCUGUCCUGCCCAGCAGUUCAGCCUGUCACUGCUGAAAACGCUGCUGGCGCCUCUGCUGCUCCAAUUCGAGUUGCUGCCACAUGGCGAUGCAGUGCGUCCGAAUCUGCGACUAAUUCUCGGCUCACAGAAUGGCUUUCUUCUAGCGCUAAGGCAACGCUAAGUAAUCAAAUCGAAACUAAUAUUAUUAAACUAAAUUAAACCCGUAGAAGUAAAACAAUGUUCUAAUUAUAUUAAAUUUAUAUACAUUUAUCAGAUUAAUAUACAUUUGUAGUCCAGUUGAAUUGAAAGUGGCCAGCUGA